AUGUGCAGGGUCAUUUCAAGGGGAUCAAAGGUUAAUGGAGUCAGCUACUCCGCAGCAAAGCGUCAUGCUCGGGUUGCAGCCAACCCACAAUUCCAACAUUCUAGACUGCCACAGCAAAGAGCUACCAACCUGACAAUUGAAUUUGUGGAUAACGAGGCAGCAACAUUACUAAACCCCCAUCAUGAUGCGCUUGUGGUUACUCUCCAGAUCGCCAACAUCAUUGUCAAAAGAAUAUUGAUAGAUCCCAGUUCCUCUGCCAAUAUCAUGUUCCUCGAAACAUUCAAGGUGAUGGGGCUGGAGGAAUCAAGCAUGAACCGCCGUCCAACGCUCCUUAUGGGAUUCAACUCAGAACAAAAAUACACCCUAGGAGAAAUUGCCCUACUAAUCUAUGUCGAAGGGAUUAACCAACAAACAACCUUCAUGAUACUGGACACCCUUUCUCCCUGCAACAUGAUCCUCGGUCGGUCAUGGAUUCAUAGCAUGCGUGUCGUACCCUCGACCUUCUACCAGACAAUCAGAUUCCCCAAAUGGGGUAUCAAAAAGAUAAAAGGAGACCAAAAAGCUUCCAGAGAUUGCUACCAAAACGCCUUCAAACCGAAUCGUGGCGCUUUGUAG